AUGAGCAGCACGCCUGAUUUCGCCUUCAGCACCUACGGAUGGGCCUACCGUACCGGCAGGGAUGGCAGAAAGCCUAAUACCAUCAUUCGCACCCAUAAAUCCACCGAGGAUAGCAAGACCGCGCACCUGACACUGUCGCUCGAGGAUGAGCUUUCUAUUAUUGCCAGCGAGCUUUUGCCUGCAGGAUACAAGGAGAGUAUCUCUAGGGAGAAAAUGCGUUCAGCAAAGUACUCUGCCCUCUUUAAUCCCAACGUCCAUGACUCCAUCGACACGGCCCCUACAACAGGCAUCCCCGUGAAGCAACUCAAUCACGACAGGUAUUACCUAUUCCUCCUUCACGGUAGACAAGACGGGAUAUACCGCAAGUAUCUGCUUCCGUCCGGGACUGACGUUAAACGUCGAGUUAUGUUUUAUCAAGUCGAAGGAACCGAUGCCGAAGGCCACUUGGAGUUGCUCCAGUUAAUGAUCACGGGCCAGGACGACUUCGAUAUGGGAGAGGCAAGCGAGGCUCUCAAAACCUGCCAAGCACUUUGGCCAGUGGCCACGCAUGGCCCUGCCAGGAUCAUCCCAGAGGCCCUCCAUCAACUGGCCCGGGGCCUGCGCGCUUGCGCACUGUUGGAUACGCCGAUCGAUGAUUCGCUUUACCGAGCAUUCAUCACAUUGUUCUGCUCAGAGUACACGGCCGGACGUGCCGAGGGCGACGAAGCCUUGCAUGGCGCCAUCCAGACCGCUUACCACCUGGCUUCAGUCUCGGCAGGCCAGCCCUUGGGCACCCAGGAGCCUGGAAUGAAUGGCAGUAGCCGUGUCAUUCCAUCUGAUGUGCUGUAUUGCAUUAUCCGCAUGAGGGAGAACCAUCUACGAGGCGUUAAGGAACUUUGGACAGCUGAACGAGAUGCGGCCAUGGAGUUUGGUGGCAAGACGACCGAAAUUGUCUCUCCGAAGAAGCUGUUUCAAGACAUCAGCUCAGCAACCGACAUCAAACAAUGUCGCGAGAUGGCGGUGAAGCUCUUCCAAAUGGCUUUCUUGCGACAUGAUCUUUUCGCUCGAAGCGUGGUGACACAAUGCGAAACCGAACUGAAGUUGCUGAAGGCACUCUGGCAAUCGCUGCCGGUCAAGAACGACGAAGGUUACGGUGACGGCGAGGCUGAGGACGAUGAGAACAAAGAGGUUGAGGACGAUGAUGAGGCAAUGGAGGAUGCUUCGGAGAUGGACGAAGACGCUUGA